UCAGAAUUUUGCGAAAGAGGACUCCCAACUAAAGUCUUCAAGUUGUGGCAUUCAAGUCCACGUGUUCACCAAUGACCAUGGCGGCCAGCAUAGUUGGAGGUGUCCAAGGUACCGUCAAGGCAUGGAUUGAGGAGAGAGGUAUGGGCUUUAUCCAGCCAUCCGAUGGCAGCGCAGAUGUCUUUGUGCAUCGGAGUGCCUUGAUUGAUGGGAAUUCUUUACAAGUUGGCUCCAAUGUGAUCUUCGAACCUGGCUGGGAUGAAGCCAAGAACAAGCCUGCGACCAACAAGUGUGGUGGAGCGAUCACCCUUGAUCCGGGCGUGAAGCCUGGUGGGAAUGUGCCAUUACCCAAUGGAGUGCCUGGUACCGUGAAAGCAUGGAUAGAGGGCCGUGGGAUGGGAUUUAUCACUCCUGCAGAUGGGAGUGCAGAUGUUUUUGUCCAUCGAAGCAAUUUAGUCGAUGGAAACUGCUUGGUCACCGGGGCACAGGUGCUUUUUGAACCGGGUUGGGACAAUCAGAAGGGCAAGCCUGUUGCAAAUGCCGUGAGCGGAGCAUCAACUAAUCCGAACGGGCCACAAACUCCUGGUGCUAUGAAAGGAGCUCAGAGUCAACGCUUGGCUAUGGUGCCAAAUGGCCAGCCUGGAGUGGUCAAGGCUUGGAUCGAGGCACGAGGAAUGGGAUUCAUUACUCCUGCUGAUGGAAGCCCUGAUGUCUUCGUACAUCGAAGCAACUUAGUUGAUGGCGAUUCACUGGUGGUGGGAGCAGAAGUCCUUUUUGAAUCUGGCUUUGACCAACAGAAGGGCAAGCCUAUUGCAAAGGUUUGUGCUGGUGCUGUUCAAGGCCCGAACAGCGGUGGCAUGGGCGGAAAUGGAGGAUUGCAGUCGGCCUCAGGAACCUUCAAAGUUUGGUUUCCAGACAAGGGAUUUGGCUUCAUCACUUUGGACAAUGGAAUGGGGGAUGCCUUUGUGGGAAGCAGUGCCAUCCCAGAGAGCAUGGUACCUUCCCAGGGCCUUCCCAUCGGCUGCUCCGUGCAAUGGAACCAUGACAAGCAGAAGUUCACCGCGGUGGAGGUCUUUGACCAAGCAAAAGGAAAGGGAAAAGGCAAAGGUGGUGGAGCACCACCAGGUGAAACGCCUUCUGACAACUGCUUCGUGACCGGACUUCCGGUGGAUAUCAACGAGGAUAAGCUUCAAGAGCUUUUCUCUGCGUAUGGCACCGUGGUAAGCUGCAAGGUACUACCAGGUGAAGGGAGGCCUGACAGGGCAGCUAUGAUCCGCUUUGCUUCUGUGGACGAAGCGGCAUGGAUCGUGGAGAGGGUCACAGGGGAGACAAUGGGCUUGCCGGGUCCUAUAACAGUAAAGUUUGCAACUCCUAAGACUUCACAAGGACCUGCCAAAGGAUUUGGAGGAGGCAAGGGUGGUGGUGGAAGCUGUGGUGGUGGCGGUGGUGGCGGUGGUGGCUUUGGUCGCGGUGGCUAUGGCACCAGCGGUGGAUAUUGUGCUGGCGGUGGCAAUGGUGGCUGCGGCGGGUGUGGCGGCUGCGGCGGCUGCGGCGGAUGCGGCGGCUGCAGUGGCUGCGGUGGCUGCGGUGGCUGCGGUGGCUGUGGAGGGUGUGGUGGCGGCGGCGGCGGCGGCUGUGGUGCUAUGCCACUUCAGCCUGCCCGUGGAGUACAGGUUGCGCGACUGGGCACAGUGAAAGCUGUCAUGGCCAAUAGCUUGCUGGUGACCCCAAGCGAGGGUGGCCUUGAUGUGAGUGUCCCGAAAGAUCUGCUGCUUGACGGUGAUCCGCAGAUUGGCGGGUUGGUGUCCUUCAGUGUUGACAGCAGUGGUGGCGAUUAUGGCAAAGCUGCCCCAGGAGGUGGCAUGAAUAAUCGCUUCUCUCCUUAUGGCUGUGGUGGUAUGGGUGGAAAGGGCAACAAAGGUCUACAACAGCAGGGCAUGCCACAGCAAGGUGUACAGCAGACUGGCAUCGUGAAGGCCUGGAUGGAGAAUAGAGGAAUGGGCUUUAUUCAGCCACAUGAUGGAAGUGCAGACCUAUUUGUGCACCGCAGCUACUUGACAGAUGGAGGAUCCUUGAUUGUUGGCUCGCAAGUCUCGUUUGUUUCGGAUUAUGACCCGCAGAAGGGAAAACCUGUCGCCAAGAAUGUGAUGGGUGCUGUGCCGCAGCCACCUCAAUAAGCACCAGCUCAAUGAGCGCGCCUCCAUGCUGACGCAGUACAUGGGCCCCAACCAAGGGGUGAACAUCUCCCCGUCUGGGCAGUCAGUGCCACCAGCAUUUGCUCCAAACGAGGUGAAAAGCAGUGAUGUGACACGAGAUAAGACAAGC